AUGCGUCUGUAUCAGAUUCCGCUACGCAAGCUUGUCUUGAUGACCAAGUGCUACUGCGUCGUGUGCGAUGAAGAAGCCUUUGGCUCCAACGCCGGAGUCACGAUGCAUCAGGACCUCUCCCUGCAAAGCAAAAACUAUAUGAACCAGAGUGUUGAGGCGCGUCCGCCGUCCAAGGCCUCUCGCGAACCGCCAUCUUCCAGGCUGUCGAGGCGCAAGAUCUCUAUAAGACGCCUUGCUGCUACUCUAUAA